GGCUGUAAGCCGACGGUCGCUGUCGGUUUGUUUUGAUUCUCGCAUUCCGUUUUGGUGUCUCGCACCAUCAGCACUCAGGCAAGCAAGUGGCCGUGCGUGGCAGCAGUUAAUUGGAAUUCCGUCCGGACCUCUUUGAUGGUGCAGCAGAACGUCUGAAAAACCAUUGCACCGGUUCCGGUUCUCACGGCUUGUUUUGAAUUAUUCAAGAACGGUACCGUCCAAGUUUGCUAGAACAUAGAAGGAAAUAAAUCAAUAAUUUGCCUUUGUUGCCGCCGGUUCCUCGCGUUUCUCGAAACAGUUCCAGCGAACUGAUAAGCAGAGUCGUGCGAUUUCUGUGAUAUCUCAGCGAUGGAAUAAAUUUGUAAAUUAAAACACAAAAAAAUUAAGUGAAAUCGAGGGCUUUAAGAUGUUGGGGAAGCUGUGCACGGUGUGUUCCUUGGUGGUUCUGUUGCUGAUGAUGUACGGGUUGCUGGUCAACAUCCAGAAGGUGGAGGAGAAUCAGUGCAAAAUGACGUACAUGUUCGAGUAUCCCCAGUUUAGUCGGAUCAGUUUUCCGGAGGAUGACAAUUUUACCGGCUAUGGAUUGUACGCUUAUUCGGAAGGUCAUAUGGUGGAAAUGGUUCGGCGGAUGGAAUUUACUGGAGCACCGGUGCUGUUUAUUCCUGGCAAUGGAGGGUCUUAUAAACAGGCUCGUUCUCUGGCUUCGGUCGCAUUGCGCAAGGGACUAGACAACGGAUGGCGACAGCACUUGGACUAUUUCACGAUAGAUUUCAACGAACAGUACUCCGGCCUGUAUGGGGGAUUGCUUGAGCGCCAGACCGAGUAUGUUCAGGAAUGUAUCAAAAGUAUUUUGAAACUUUAUACGCGGUUUCCGAAUGGAGCGAAAUCGAUAGUUUUGGUUGGCCAUUCGGUUGGAGGGAAGAUUGCUCAAGCUGCUGCUUCCCAUCCGAUGAUUGGGCCAAUGGUCAAUACGAUAAUAGCUGUAUCAUCGCCGAUCGAUGUACCGGUUCUGGCAUUGGACCACUAUUACGGAAAGUUCUAUUCGACAGUUAAUGAGCAGUGGAAGCAAAAGAGGACUGUUAACCAAAAAUAUGACUUGAACGAAAACAAAGCUUUGGAUCACAUAACUUUUCUAACCUUUGGGGGAGGCAUUCGGGACACAUUGGUUCAUGAUGGACUAACUGAUUCGAUGUUUAGUGAUCUGCAUGCCAUGACUCACAAUGUGCCGAAUGCUUGGGUGUCUACCGAUCAUCUUUGUGUGAUUUGGUGUCUGCAGUUUGUUCUUAUUGUAAACCGAUAUCUGUAUAGCUUACUUGUAACGAACAAUCGAGGUGGGAGGAAUGAUUUUAUUGAAGAUAAAACUACUAGGAUGAUGUUGGCGGAUAAGUAUUUCCGGGGUAUUGACAAGCAAAACUCAAAGUGUGAAGAUAGUUUGACAAAUAAUAUUGAAUAUGAAGAAUGGCACGAAGAUAUUAGGAGAAAUUUUCAGCUUACGUUUGAAACUGGUUUAGAAAAGGAACGCGUUCAAAUGAUCCCUUUGUAUGAAUCGGUACAGUAUAGGUUUUUGAAGGCUGAAAUUAUAAAUCUUGAGCCCGAGGGAUGGGUUUUUGGAUGUCAGGCAACUGAAGUAACCAAAACAAUGAAGUACUGCUCUAAAGCUUCUCCGUUGGCAAACUUUAGUCGCACGAUGCCUGCCAUUGAACACGAACGACAGAUAGCUAUGGUUAAUUUACAUGACAUUAAAAGAACCAACCCUCGGUGGACUCACGUUUUGCUAAAGCUACCGAAGACGGAUGAACCAGCUCAACUAAACGUCGACAUAAGCAGCUACGAAGAUCGAGAGCUAAGCAUUUACAUGCCUCGAUGGUUCGAUUAUUUUAGGAAACAAUUAUUAGAUGAUACUCUAUUAGGAAGCACUUUCUACGUCCUCAAUAUUUUUGGACUAGAACAUCCCCACCAAACCAUAGCACUAAAUGUAAAUAUAAAUUCUUGUAGCGGCAAUACGCCUUUAAUAACCGCAAUCGUGAAUGUUCCUUGGGCCAAAGAUCAUCAGAGAUAUACGUACCAACACGUGAGAAAUUCGUCAGUAUUCUACAUCUAUGUUCCUAUCAAAAAACCUAGCGGAUUCAAUGCUACGGAAAACCCAGUGGCUGUAGAACUUCAUCUGGACCCAAAAUGUCGAUACUCGUUUAGCUACUCACAACCUCUAGGCGUAGUUAUGGCCCGGAUAGCUCAACAUUUCGGUCCAUGGAUCCCAGCUCACUUCGUAGCCAUCGUUCUGCUAGCUUUCAAACAUCAAAUCUCGAUUACCCCACCGGAUUCAAGCUUCAAAUGUGGCAAACUAUACUCGGCACUCACCAAAUCAACGCCUUUCUUCGUAAUCACCGCUUCUCGGUUAUUCGCAAAGUUCGUAAUCAUGUUCAAAGUUUUGCCCCAGCCAGAAGAAUACGAUCACCCUAUUUUUGUGUCCGUAAUAAUCCACGGAGCUGCCCUAGGAAUCCUCCUCAUCCUGACCGCUUCAAUUUGGGCCGCAGUAGUCUUCUGCGGAAACUUCAGUCACAAAAUUAUACUCAGAAUCGUUGCUCUCCCGAUUCCGGCCCUUUCAUCUACCAUCUGUUCUUGCAUCCAAAAAUUCCCGCUCCUAGCCGGCCUCUUCCUCCUUUCAAUCGCUUUCGUUUCCUGCGGAAGUGUUUCCUUAGUCGGGGCCAUUUUCGUUUACUUCCUGCAACUCACCCGGAUGUACGAGGACUACCUGGAAGUUUUCGUCUUCAAAACGGCCCAAAGAAUUGCCAAAAAGCUCUUCGGAAUACACAUUCCGGCCAAGGGCGAAAAGUUUUCCAUAAAGAAAAUGAAGCCACCCCAACCACAAGAAGAAGAACCGCCCCAAACCCCUGCAUCCCCUACCGAAUUAACCCAACCUACCGACCCAGCCAAACAAAAAGAGUACGAAAACCUACACGAAGGCCUCGCAAGCAUCAACUUCCACCUGACCCUAUUCCUGCUACUCAUCAUCACCUGCAUCAUCAACUUCCCCAGCUUCCUGACCUGGGCCAAGGGCUACAGCCAAACGACAUCACUCAAACCGGACUCCUCUCUCAUUCCGGCCAUCUGCAUCCUCUCCAGCCUUUCGAUCCUUUGGCAGCUAAACACCCCCCGGGACGUGGCCGGCUACAAUCUCCUGUCGGCCAUCAUGUACCUCGGCGCGGUCGUUUGCAUCAUCUACUGUCAGAUGUCCCUGUACCGGUUGAAUUGGGUCCUUUCCGGGAUUUUUCUAGCCGUAACGGUGCAUCAGCUGGUCGGUCAUCAAAUCAAGCUGAAGCAAAGUUAAAUCUACUACUUAUUCUUGUCCUACAUCAUCUAGGAAAAAUUUACACUGUAUUUCUACUUGAAUUUAUAUGCUUUUUCAAACAUAGAAGAUCCAAUUUGUUGAAUUAAAUCUAAACCUACAUGCUUAAGUUAACCUUUUUUUUUUAUUUAUUCGGUGAUUCCGAGCAAUUUUAAGCACAAUUCAAUUGAAGCUGUAACUGAUUCCGCAAAUCUAAUAGGUAAUAGAAAUAUCAUGACUAGGUAGAUCGAACGUUCAACCUGCUUCACAAAAAAGACAUCACUUUCCUAUAUGACAAAGUUAAUGAGGCACACAUCUUAUCUACGCAUUACGCGUGUGAAAACAUCACACUUCGAAAAAGGGGUUUAAUUGAAUGGAAAAUUAGUUAUAAUCAGCUAUAAUUAGUAUUUUUCUAGUCUGCACCUCAAGCAUAAGUAGGUGUAUGUAAACUUAAAUUGUUCGAUAGGUUAAACGAAGGCAACAAAAAUCUAAAUUUAUAUUCCUAAUGUGCAACGGCAAACCACCUUGAAAGUAACACAAAUGUAGCCAAAUUUUUCAAGAAAUAAAUCUUAUAUCACUUGUUAGAUUUUUUUUUCCUCUGAUUUUAAUGACACUUUUUGGAUUUUGUUUUGUCAUUUGAAACACUCGAAAAAAUCAAAUUGUAUGUAAGAAGUCAAAAUUAUGUAGUCCAAUAAAGAAAUUCAUAUUUUGUUUAAGUUGA